CGAAAUCACUGGAAUUCCGUUUCCGCUUUAGGGAGUCGACUUCGGGCUGUUUUUAUUCACGGCGUUUUUUUUAAUGUAAUCACUUUAUUUGGCUCUGUCACAUUUACACCGAUGGCUUCCUCGCCUCAGAAGUCUCCGUCCUCUCCCAAGUCCCCGACUCCCAAGUCGCCCUCUUCCCGAAAGAAGGAUGACUCUUUCCUGGGCAAACUUGGUGGAACUUUGGCAAGAAGGAAAAAAGCUAAAGAAGUGUCUGAGCUGCAGGAAGAGGGAAUAAAUGCCAUCAACCUUCCUCUCAGCCCCUCUCACUACGAGCUGGACCCUGAGGACACCAUGCUAGAGGAGAACGAAGUGCGUACCAUGGUGGACCCCAACUCCAAGAAUGAUCGCAAACUCCAGGAGCUUAUGAAGGUGCUAAUUGACUGGAUCAAUGAUGUUCUGGUGGGAGAGAGGAUCAUCGUGAAGGAUCUGGCUGAAGAUCUGUAUGAUGGUCAAGUCCUCCAGAAACUCUUUGAAAAGCUGGAGGGUGAGAAACUCAAUGUGGCAGAGGUGACCCAGUCAGAGAUUGCCCAAAAACAAAAGCUCCAGACUGUUUUGGAACGCAUCAAUGACUCGCUCAAACUCUCAACCAGAAACAUUCGCUGGAAUGUUGACUCGGUCCAUGCUAAGAGUAUUGUUGCCAUUCUUCACCUGCUGGUGGCGUUGUCGCAACACUUCAGAGCACCAAUCAGAUUGCCGGAUCACGUCUCCAUUCAAGUAGUUGUCGUCCAGAAAAGAGAGGGCAUCCUUCAGUCCAGACAAAUUCAAGAGGAAAUCACAGGCAACACAGAGGCUUUCUCCGGGAGACACGAGCGCGAUGCUUUCGACACCCUGUUCGACCAUGCUCCAGACAAGCUGAACGUCGUCAAGAAGACACUGAUCACAUUUGUGAACAAACAUCUGAACAAGCUAAACCUAGAGGUGUCUGAACUGGACACACAGUUUGCAGAUGGUGUGUACCUGGUGUUACUGAUGGGACUGCUGGAGGGAUACUUUGUUCCUCUUUACAACUUCUUCCUUACACCGGAGAACUUUGACCAAAAGGUCCACAAUGUGUCGUUCUCUUUCGAGCUGAUGCAGGAUGGAGGGCUGGAGAAACCCAAGCCCAGACCAGAGGAUAUCGUGAACUGUGAUCUCAAAUCGACCCUGCGUGUUCUCUACAACCUCUUCACCAGAUACAGGAAUGUGGAGUGACCACAGCGAGUUGUGCAGCUUCCGUGACGCAGCUAGUGAAAAAAGUCUCUUAUCAAACCACAUCUUCUCUUAAUCUUUAUGGACAAUGUUUAUUUACCUAACUGCAUGCAACACUAAUACAUACCCCUGGUUUUACAAACACUACAUAUUUUAAUUUUUCUGCAUUUUCAGUAAAGGCAAAGAUUGAUGUGCUAUAAAUGCAUUUUACUGAAUUUUUCUGAUUUUUGUGGGGUUUUUUGGGGGUGGGGGGUUGUGCUCUUAUUGUAUAGCUGAUAUUGGACAUUAUCUUUGAGAUAAAUGCAUAAUGAACUAUGUUGAGUCAACUUACAAAAGUUAUUCUGUGAUAUUUUUUCUAUUUUUUUUUUGUAUGACCCCAUGGUAACGUUGUGAAGGUGGGGGUAGAUUAGCCAAACACGCAACUUUAUCCAAGUAGAAAUUGUAUUUAUUGCACAUUUUGAUAUAUUUGCUCUGUCAUUGAUUCCUAUGUACACUUAAUGACCAACUCACUUUUUUUUACUAUUUUCUUUACUGUGUCAUUCAUGCGUGCAUGUUUUUAAAGUUGUGCGUACUGACACUUAAGGUAAGUGACGAUGUGCGAGGCUCCAUGUUGCUUCUGGUGUCUCCACGUCUUCUGUCUCGAUCAAACUUCCGUUAGAGAUGUAUAAGGCUCAGCGUUUUCAGUUUUUACCAAUUUUCACCAAAAAAUACCCAGAUUUUUUAAAAGGAGCAGAUCGGUUUAAACGGAUUUUCACCCGGAUUUUAUGUUUCCGCAGAUCCAAAAGUUGUUCCUGUUCGUGUGAGGUUAUGUGACAGUGUCCUCUUGUGGUGAAAUUUAGCAUGCUGGAUGGCUUUGAAAAAUAAAAAUCGAAAAUGCUGAGCCUGGCGAUGUAACAUCUGAGCAAGUCACACUACAACUGAAGAUUUCACACAACAGCAGUUAAAUUUAUGCAGAGUCCAGCUGCUCAACCUGAUUGGUCGGAUUGACAAAGGAAGCUGUGCAGGUCCGUAGCACACCAGCGUGCAUUGUGGUCUGGUUACAAACCUACCUGGUGCUGAUAAAGGAGCUGGUUAUUCACAUUUUUAGCUUUUUUUUUUUGUAAUCUUUUCUUUAUCUUUUCCGUUAAAAAAAAAAAAACUUUGGAGGCCUCAUACUUAAUUCUUUUAUGUGUCGUUAUUCCUGUAAUGAUGGAUGCAUCAGUGUCAUGGCUGCUGUCACGGUGAAGGACAACUUCCUGUCAAGAAGCAGUUUUAUACGCCCGCUAUUAUAGUUUUCACUGCGGUCUGUAACACAUGAAAUAUAUGACUAAUGAUAUUAUGGAUUGGUUUUACUUACAAAGUCUCGUAUUGUGUAUAAAUUCCUCAAGUAAUGAACAUCACAGUUGGCUUUGGAAAGAGCUGCACACCCUGUUGUUAUCCUGUAUGUUAAAGUCGUACUACCAGUAGGUGCAUUCUUCAAUAAAGCUUUCGGUCUCUGAACGCGA